AUGGCCACAAAAGAUCCCGCUGCCGCAACUAUAGAGCUUGCCCAGACGGGCAAGCGAGACUUCAUUCGAGCUCUCGAGAAAAAGUACCAGGACCGAUGGGAGGAGGAAAAGCUCUUCGAAGUCGAUGCUCCAACCCAGGAAGAAUGCGCCGGCCUCACUCCAGCAGAGAUACAGAAAAAGUUUCCGAAAUGGUUCGGCAACUUUCCAUUCCCCUACAUGAACGGUUCUCUGCACCUUGGGCACGCCUUCACCAUCUCAAAGAUCGAGUUUGCUGCUGGAUAUCAGAGGAUGUUGGGCAAGAGGGUGUUGUUCCCACACGGAUUCCACGUCACUGGUAUGCCAAUCAAGGCCUCCUCUGACAAAAUCAUCCGCGAGUUGGAGAUGUUCGGCGACGAUUUCGAACGUCACACUCAAGAAACGCAAGAAGAAGCCGCUCCUGCCACAUCAACCGACAAAGCCGCGUCCGGUGCACCCGACAAAGCCAAGAAGGGGAAAAUCCAGAACAAGAAAACCGGUCAUACCUAUCAGUUCCAGAUCCUCGAAUCCAUCGGUGUUCCUCGUGAGGAGAUCAAGAAGUUCGCAGACCCUUACUACUGGCUCGAGUACUUCCCUCCUAUCGCUAUGGCAGAUAAUCAUGCGAUCGGCACUCGCGUAGACUGGCGACGAACAUUCAUGACUACCGAUGCCAACCCCUACUUCGACUCCUUCGUCCGAUGGCAGGUCAACAAACUCUACGCCCUCGGUAAGAUCAAGUUCGGAGAGCGUUAUACCAUCUACAGUCCCAAGGAUGGCCAACCCUGUAUGGAUCACGAUCGGCAACAAGGAGAGGCAAUUGGGCCACAGGAGUACACCAAUAUCAAGAUGGAGGUAUUGGAGUGGAGUGAUGAGUCGAAGAAGGAGAUCAAGGGCAAGGUUGGUGGGAGGAAGGUCUAUCUUGUGGCGGCUACUCUCAGACCGGAAACUAUGUACGGUCAGACGAACUGUUUCGUUGGUACGGGUAUCAAGUACGGCGUGUUCGCCGCGAACGAGAAGGAGGCAUAUGUCUGCACUUACCGCGCGGCUCGCAAUAUGGCCUUCCAGGGCAUCUUUGAAGUCCGAGGCCAGAUUAACCAGCUGGCCGAGCUCGAAGGGUCCAAGAUCGUCGGUACCAAAAUCAGCGCACCCAUCUCCACUUACAAGGAGGUGUACGUUCUGCCCAUGGACAACGUUCUUGAGACAAAGGGCACCGGUGUCGUGACUUCCGUCCCCUCCGACUCUCCAGACGACUUCGCCACUCUCACUGACCUCCGCAAAAAGGCCGAGUACUACAAAAUCGAUCCUAAGUGGGCCGCUUUUGAUCCUGUACCCGUACUGUCGACGCCUUCCUAUGGCGACAUGACCGCACCUUUCCUUGUCAAGAAGCUCAAGAUCGCCUCCCAGAAGGACGUCAAGCAGCUCGCUGAGGCUAAGGAGCUCGCGUACAAGGAAGGCUUCUACAAUGGUACGAUGUUGAUCGGCGAGUUCAAAGGACAGAGCGUCCAGGACGCAAAGCCGAAGGUUAGGCAGAGCAUGAUUGAUCAAGGGUUGGCAUUUGCGUAUGCGGAGCCAGAAGGGUUGAUCAUCUCGAGGAGUGCGGAUGAGUGUGUUGUGGCGCUCAUGGACCAGUGGUAUUUGGACUAUGGAGAAGCGACUUGGAGAACGCAGGCGGAGAGGCUUUUGGCGAAGAUGAAUACUUGGAAUAACGAGACGAGGAAUGCCUUUGAGGGUACCCUUGGCUGGCUGAACCAAUGGGCUUGUGCGCGGACGUAUGGGUUGGGGUCGAAGCUUCCGUGGGAUCCUCAGUUCUUGGUGGAGAGUUUGUCCGAUUCGACGAUUUAUAUGAGCUACUACACCGUGGCGCAUCACCUGCAUCGAUCGAUUGACGGCAAAGUCCGCGGUCCCUUGGACGUUUCUCCCGAACAGCUGACAGAUGAAGUAUGGGAAUACAUCUUCUGCAAUGGCCCCUGGCCGUCAUCCUCUCCUCUCCCCAAAGAGAAAGCCGACACUCUGAAGCACGAGUUCAACUAUUUCUAUCCCUUCGAUGUCCGUUCAUCUGGCAAGGACCUUAUCAACAACCAUCUCACAUUCUCCAUCUACAACCACGCCGCCAUCUUCGGCGAGGAGCACUGGCCGUUGAGCAUGAGGACCAAUGGCCACUUGAUGUUGAACGGAGCGAAGAUGUCAAAGAGUACGGGUAACUUCUUGACGAUGAGGCAGGGGAUGGAGAAGUUUGGAGCGGAUGCGACGAGGUUGGCGCUUGCGGAUGCGGGCGAUGGGAUUGAAGAUGCGAACUUCGAUGAGAAGAAUGCGAAUGCGAUGAUCUUGAGGUUGCAUACGCUCCUCUUGUGGGCAGAUGAAAUGGUGAAAGACCAGACCGGUCUUCGUACUGGCCCCAAGAGCUCUUUCCACGACAAGAUCUUCGAGGAGGAAAUCAACAACCUCAUCAACAUCACACAAUCGCACUACGAGGCCACGAACUACAAGGACGCCCUCAAGUACGGCUUCUUUGAGCUUCAGACAGCUCGUGACUGGUACCGCGAAGUUACCGCCGACAUCGGCAUGCACGCCGACCUCAUCACCUACUGGAUCCGUAUCUCCGCCCUCCUCGUCGCUCCUCUUGCCCCUCACUUCGCCGAACACAUCCACUCCACAAUUCUCAAGUCUCCAACCUCCGUCCAACGGGCCCUCUGGCCCACCCCGGAGAAAGCACUGGACAAGCCUCUCGUUGAGGCUGGUGCUUACAUGCGCGACACCGUCAAGACGAUUCGCGACGCUGAGCUCUCGCUGCUCAAGAAGAUGGGCAAGGGUAAGCAAGCGUCGUAUGAUCCGAAGAAGCCAAAAGCGGUGAGGGUGUAUGUGGCGACGAAGUUCCCAGAGUGGCAGGAUGCUUGUGUGAGUGCGGUCAAGGAGGCUUGGGACGACGAAAAGGAGAAGGUGGACGAUGCGAAGGUGAGGUCGAUAUUGACGGCGAAGGGAUUACUCAAGGAAAAGCGUGCCAUGCCGUUCGUGCAGCUGUUCAAGAAACGCAUCGCGGACUUUGGCGCCGAAACUGCCUUCAGGCGAGCUCUGCCGUUCUCUGAAUCACAGGUCUUGGGCGAACUUCUCCCUUACCUCAAACGCACCCUCAAUCUCGUCGAUGGCGAGAUAAUGGCCACCGACGAGGCGCUGUCUAAGGCUGGACAGCCUGGCUUCACCAAGUCGAUCAUCGAGAGUUCAGAACCAGGUGGACCGGCGUUUGAGUUCAGGAAUGUUUAG